AAGUCCAACAUCUUUCAGCUCUCUCUACACCACCAUCUCAUUGUAGAACCCAAAAUCCAACAUGGCUCGGAGAUACGACAGUCGAACAACGAUCUUCUCUCCGGAAGGUCGCUUAUAUCAAAUUGAGUAUGCGAUGGAAGCCAUCUCCCACGCCGGAACCGUCCUUGGCGUGCUUGCAACAGACGGUGUCGUCCUUGCUGCGGAAAAGAAAGUGACUGGCAAGCUGCUCGAUCUAUCCGUAGCAAAAGAGGGCGGGUACGGAGGGUCAGGGGAAAAGAUCUUCCUGCUCAAUACAAAUGUGAUCGCCGGUGUAGCCGGACUGACAGCAGACGCCAACUCGCUGAUCAACUAUGCCCGUUCAGCAGCGCAGCGCCACCUUUUCUCGUAUAACGAGGACAUCCCCGUCGAGCAGCUCGCACAGCGGCUUUGUGAUCUGAAGCAGGGGUAUACGCAGUACGGAGGUCUCCGCCCCUUCGGCGUCUCCCUUCUCUACGCCGGCUGGGACCCGCACUACCAAUUCCAGCUGUACCAUUCCGACCCCUCGGGGAACUACUCUGGAUGGAAGGCGACCUGCAUCGGGGCGAACAACGGGACUGCGCAGAGCUUGCUCAAGCAGGAGUAUAAGGAUACGAUCGGGUUGGAGGACGCUAUUGGAUUGGUUUUGAGGACGAUGAGCAAGACGAUGGACUCGACUAGUUUGAGUAGUGAGAAACUGGAAUUCGCCACCCUCACUAUCGACCCACAGACCAAGCGACCCAUUGCCAAGAUCUACCGUCCGGCGGAGGUGGACGCUCUGCUUUCCAAACACGGGCUCGCUAAGGUGGAGGACGCUGAGGCGACCGAGAUGCGCAGCCGGGACGGCCUGCUGGUUGUACAUUAGCCGACAGGAUGAUAAUUCUAAUGUACAUUGUUUUCCGUUCAUUCUAUAACAAAUGACUGCUCCAUGGGAAAGAAUGGUAAAGAUACAAGAUUGCCAACAGAAGUGGUUGUACAGGAGCGCAGUUGUCGAGUGUCCUGCUAGGGGAACUUACGUAGUGCAGUACAUUGUCCUUGCUAAUCUGAGGGCAGUCGUUGUCGUCAAGAGGUCGAAAUUGGUUGGUACAUCCCCAUGCACAGCAUGAGCGUGGCGCCAUGCGUAAAUGAGCGCAGGACGGGAGAAUUGGUACCGUUCAUGCAUAUACAAAGCAGAGCGGGUUUGACUAUCCCGCUGAUGCGGUCAAGUCAGCGAAGUUGACAGACCACAUUCGAGCUUGGACGGUCUAGCGUGAUUUCGAUUGAUAACAGCGGGAAGGGCGGGUGAGUGUUCGGCGUAUUCGUGUUCGAUUGCGUCCACGUGCUUGGACCGUGAUGCCCAAAGCAACCAAGAGCCAAGAGAGAAAGACAGAGAUAUCGAUACAAUUUCUCGGAAGUUGGUCAUGUCGUUCCAGAAAGGCAGAAUAGAUCAAUUGGAGGCGUAAUUGCCGCGAAG